AUGGCAACAUGGUUUGGCCCAGAUGGCCCAACACCUGUGUGCUUGGGUCCCGUCCGCAUCGAGAAGUGGCGCAAGCAGCCGCUGCGAACGCUGCUCUGUGGUCUGAAGGGUGUUCCUGGCGUGAAAAGCCCGGAGCAGAAGGAGGUGCGACCGGGCCUCGUGGCCACGCUGUGUGUGAGCAAAGGCUUGCCGUCGCACUCCGAUUCGAGCACGUUUUCAGCUGGAGUGCGCUUCACGGAGUCUCCGGGCUGGUGCGGAUACUGGUGUUGUCCCAUCGAUUUCCGUGUGACACUCCUGGGCGAAAGAGCCGAAAAUCUUUCUCGCACAGUGAGAUGGAUUGUGACACCUGGAAACAAUGCACCUUGGCGGCCACGGGUGUUCAUUUGCAGUGCACGGCAAUGA